AAAGACCUCCAGCAACAAGAUCAGGUUCCUCAUUCGGUCCAUGAGCUCACAGCACACAGGGCUGUACCAGUGUGCAUACAGCCCUGGGCAUACACUGUCUGAGAGGAGUGAGCCCCUGCUCCUGGUGGUGACAGGAGUAUACAGACCACCCUCCCUCUCAGCCCACCCAGGCCCAGUGGUGGCCUCAGGAGGGAGAGUGUCCCUCUUGUGCAGCUCACAGUUCACAUUGGACACUGUCCACCUGUUCAAGGAGGGAGGGGCUGAGCAACUCCAACACAGGAAAUCAGACCAGAGAUCCUAUGCUGGGACAUGGCAGGCUGUCUUCCCUGUGGGCCCCGUGAGCUCCUCCCAUGGGGGGACCUACAGAUGCUAUGGUUCCUCCAGCUCCUACCCCAAUGUGUGGUCACAGCCCAGUGCCCCUCUGCACCUCGAGGUCACAGGUGUGUACAAGGAGCCCUACCUCUCAGUCCAGCCAGGAUCCCUGCUGCUGCCUGGAGACAGCCUGACCCUCCAGUGUCGCUCAGAGCCCGGCUUUGACAGAUUUGCUCCGACCAAGGGCGAAGGGCUGACACUCCUCCAGCAUCUCUAUGGGCAGCACAGCCCCGACUUCCCCCUGGGCCCUGUGAACCUCACCCAUGGGGGCCGCUAUAGGUGUUACAGUGGUCACAACCUCUCCUAUGUGUGGUCAGCCCCCAGCACCCCCCUGGACAUCCUGAUUGCAGAUGCUGCCCUGAUGGACCCACAGCCUGGAGAGGGCAUGGAGCUGAACCCUCAGCAGAAUGGAACCAGGGACAGCUCCAAGGAAGUGACCUACACCCAGGUGAACUGCAGAUCAAGACUCAGACAGGGAAUGGACCCCUCUCCUUCCUCUCUGUCAGAGAAAUUGCUGAACAUGAAGGGCAGACAAGCAGAAGAGGACAGACAGAUGGACAGACAGGCUGCUGCAUCUGAAGACCCCCAAGAUGUGACCUAUGCCCAGCUGAAUCUCUUGACCCUCAGACGGGAGACAACUGCAUCUCCUUUCUCCCCAUCAGAGCAGCCCUCAGAUGAGCCCAGUGUGUACGCUGCUCUGGCCGUCCACUAGCCCUGGAAGGACCCAGACCCCACACUCCAGGGAUAGGGCCUGCAGGGACCCCAGAAGGCACAGGAGCUGCCCCCUAAGGACACUCAGCAGGGCUCCAGCCAGCCGGGUGACCUGACAUCCAUCCCCAGCAGCUUCUGGGACCCUCUGAGAGUCCCCUGAUGAUGCAAUCACAGAUAAGUAAUGUCCAUACACUUUGGAAUCAAAGCAACAGACUUCUCCAGAAUUAAUGUGUGUGUCCUGGCUGGUGUGGUGCAGUGGAUUGAGGGCUGGCCUGUGAACCAAAGGGUCACCAGUUAGAUUCCCAGUCAGG